GGCGGGGAGUGCCCGGGGCAGGGGCAGUCGGAGGGCUGCGUGGUAAGGCAUCCCGCCCAGCGGUGGAUCCCCCACCCCGGCAGGAACAAGGAGUGCCCGACGUGCCGAAAGAAGCUGGUGUCGAAGCGCUCGCUGCGGCCAGACCCCAACUUUGACGCCCUCAUCUCCAAGAUCUACCCAAGCCGGGACGAGUACGAGGCCCAUCAGGACCGGGUGCUGGCCAAGCUCAGCCGCCUGCACAACCAGCAGGCUCUUAGCAGCAGCAUCGAGGAGGGCCUCAAGAUGCAAGCCAUGCACAGGGCCCAGCGGGUGCGGAAGCUACACCAGGAGUCAGACAACACCACGUUCAGCGGCGGGGAGGACAACUGCGACAGCCGCUCACACCUGAGCAACGCCUCGGCCCCCAGCCACCCGGAGGCAGGGCCCAGCCGCAAGCGCUCCCGCGCUUCUGACGACUCUGGGCCAGACCCCGACCCUGAGACGUCCCAUGAGGGUGGGGGCCGCGGCAGCCCUGAGCCAGGUGCUGAACCAGGCAGCAGUGAGAUUGAGCUGGUCUUCCGGCCCCACCCAUUGCUGGUGGAGAAGGGUGAAUACUCCCAGACCAGGUACGUGAAGACAACAGCCAAUGCCACGGUUGACCACCUCUCCAAGUACCUGGCCCUGCGCAUUGCGCUGGAGGAGACACCGGCGCCGGGGCCUGAGGCCCCCGGCCUGGAGGACGUGAGCGAGAAGCAGUACACAAUCUACAUCACCACCCCAGGGGGGGCCUUCACGACCCUGAACGGCUCUCUCACCCUGGAGCUGGUGAACGAGAAGUACUGGAAGGUCAGCAAGCCCCUGGAGCUGUACUACGCCCCCACCAAGGAACAGAAGUAGGGGGUUUCCUUCAGUCUGGAUGGCAAGGGGGUCCUGCUUCUGCCCCACUGCUGCAUCUCCUUUUCUACAGAUGCUGGAGCUGCUGGGGAGAGCAGAGGCAGGGUCCCCCAUGAGAUGGGGAGCCCUCCCCUCCUCCAACACCCACCCAGGGCAGGGGGUGCUGCCCCCUGGACACAGACUUCUGUCCCGCCCUCACUGGGGCCAUGCAGGGGAUGCCCCUCUUUGCCUUGGGCUCCCAGUGACUUGAGCACAGACCCCGCCCCCUCCCCCCCAAGCACAUCCCAGACGGGUGCCACCCACUGCUUUAUCCUCCCCAUCUUAGCACUGGGAGAGGGUCCCUACUGCCAGGGACCAAGGGAGAGGGGUGGGCUUUUUCUAAGUGGUUUUGCUGUUCACAGUGUGGGAUUCAUUAAGGCAUUUUGGUCUCUUUGAAGCA